CCAUUUUAACUUUUGGUCCCCCAACAGGUUAAAGAUGAGGCCCCCACCUGCCUCUCCCUUCUGGUUUUCCUCUCCCCUUCCCACCCCUGUCUAGGCGGGAGGGGGGCUGCCUGCCCAAGGGAACGCCUGAAGCGAAGAGCGGGCGGCGGGACUGGGAACCGGUGGCUGGGGGGCCGCGAGGCACCAGCCGGCGGGGAGGCACUUGUUGCUCUAGGUUUCCCAGCCGCCUCUCGCAGCCCGUUUCGCAGUGGUCAGCUCCCGGCUUGGAGAGCGGGCUGGGACAUUUCCACGUUGCCAAGUUUUGCCCUCGAACGGACUAGAGGUUGGUGAAGGAGGACAGAAAACCGGGGAAGCAGAGCCAGGGAUGCCGAUCGAAAUGCGAUUGCCUCUUCAGACGCAUUCAACAACUUACUGAGCGCCUAUGAAGCACAGACUCAGGCUGGGGGUCAGGAUGGGUGGUGGGUCAGUAAUGGAAGGCUAAAGAUCUGAAUGGACGCAGGGUCUCUUCUGGGGGAGCUCCCAGCCUCAAGGGGGAGAUGCGGUAAAAUGGUCUUCCCGCACGAACUGAUAGCAGAAUAGAGAUAGUUUUUCCUCGUUCUUUUUCUUUUCCUAAUGUUUCUCUUUUGGUUUUGCUGUUGUUGCUGCUACUCCUGUUGUUUUUUAUUCCUUUUGUACAUUCGGGUACCAGGCGGCAUAAAGGAGAGGAAAGGCUGGAUAGGAUCGGGAAAAGAUGGACAGGGCCCCCAGACAUUUUUUUUAGUACAGGAAAAUUGCCUGAUACUGAUGGUACUAGGGCUCUUGAAGACGACAUAUGUUAGACUUCUUGUCUGGUGAUCACUUGCUUUUGAAAUAUUUUUCUAAGGUUGCCUCAGAGAAGGAGCAGGGCUUCAAUCAAGCAAUGACGCGGGACCCAGCAGCUGAUAUAUUUUCCUCAUGUUUUAAAAAAAUGUUUACCCGUUUCUCUAUUUUUUCUCCCUCCGGCCCCCAUCCACCCAAGUAAGCAAUGCAAAGACGAUACGGAGAGAUACACAAGAGCUCCAGCUGGCAGCAUCAUCUUCUGACAAUUUAUCCAACUUCUGCCAAGACUCUGAAAUGCCAACAACUUCGAGGCCUGCACUUGAUGUCAAGGGUGGCACCUCACCUGUGAAGGAGGAUGCCAACCAAGAGAUGAGCGCCAUGGCCUACUCUAACCUUGCAGUGAAAGAUCGCAAAGCAGUGGCCAUUCUGCACUACCCUGGGGUAGCCUCAAAUGGAAACAAGGCCAGUGAGGCUCCCACUAGUCCCUCGGGAUCGCCAGUAGGCUCUCCUCCUGCCACCCCUCCCGCUAAAUCCCCAUCCUUCAACCUGAACCCUGCCCCUCACUUGCUGGCCAGUAUGCAGCUGCAGAAACUUAAUAGCCAGUAUCAUGGGAUGGCCGCCGCCACUCCGGGCCAACCCGGGGAGGCAGGGCCCCUGCAAAACUGGGACUUGGGGGCUCAGGCGGCGGGAGGGGCGGGAUCACUCUCUCCUUCUGCUGGUGCCCAGAGCCCUGCUAUCAUCGAUUCAGACCCAGUGGAUGAGGAGGUGCUGAUGUCGCUGGUGGUGGAACUGGGGUUGGACCGAGCCAAUGAGCUUCCGGAGCUGUGGCUGGGGCAGAAUGAGUUUGACUUCACUUCAGACUUUCCAUCUAGCUGCUGAUCCCAAAUGUCCCUAAAGAUGGAGGAAUAAAGCCACCAAUUCUGUUGUAAAUAAAAAUAAAGUUACUUGCAAAGAGACAGGCCAA